GAUUGCGGCAUUUUGGGAAAGCCGAGGCGACCUCUGAAGAGGUGUUGGCCUAUCUGGAGAGAACAUACUGUGGGAGAAUCUCAGUGGAAACCACUCAGCUCCAGAGCUUGCAGGAAAGAGAAUGGUUUGCAGACCGAUUUGAGGAGCUCAAGAAAGAGGCGUUUUCACCGGAGGAGAGGAGACAGCUGGCUAAACUGAUGCUUGAGUCACAGGAAUUUGACCACUUUUUAGCCACCAAGUUUGCCACUGUCAAACGAUAUGGAGGUGAGGGAGCAGAGAGCAUGAUGGGAUUUUUCUACGAGCUGUUCCGUUCUGCGGUGUAUAGUGGAGUGACAGACGUGGUCAUGGGAAUGCCUCACCGUGGACGUCUCAACCUCCUCACCGGACUACUGCAGUUCCCUCCAGAGGUUGAUACUUGCAAUUCUGUUUGUUGCUGUUUAGGUAAAAUGGUAGGAUGUGCAAUAAUCCAUGUGAAUGGCGAUGAUGCUGAGGAGGUCCUCAGGGCGACCCGGCUGGCUGUGGAGUACCAGAGACGUUUCAGAAAAGAUGUUAUUGUAGACCUGCUUUGUUACCGCCAGUGGGGGCACAAUGAGCUGGACGAACCCUUUUUCACAAACCCUGCAAUGUAUAAAAUUAUCCGGUCGAGAAAAAGUAUCCCAGAUUCAUAUGCCAACCAACUCAUCGCUGAGGGUCUGAUGACAGAGGAAGAGCGUGGACAGAUCAAGACCACCCUCUACGCUGUGCUCAACGACCGGCUGAAUAACAUGACCCUCUACAGCCCUCCGUCCACCAACCUCCAGGGGCGCUGGGGAGACCUGGUGGAGCCCCAGAACAGAGUCUCAUUCUGGGACACAGGCGUAGCGCUGCCCCUGCUGCAGUUCGUAGGUGCCAGAUCAGUAGACAUACCUGAUGAGAUUCAACUGCACAGUCACCUGAGAAAGACACACGUGCAGGCACGCCUGCAGAAACUGGAAGAGGGCACAAAAUUAGACUGGUCCACAGCGGAAGCCCUGGCGUUUGGCACAUUGCUGUGCCAGGGAUUUGAUAUCCGUAUCAGUGGUCAGGAUGUUGGCCGGGGUACGUUCAGUCAGCGUCACGCUAUGGUUGUGUGUCAGGAAACCAACGACAUGUACAUCCCCCUCAAUCACAUCAGCCCUGAACAGAAAGGCCACUUGGAGGUGUGCAACAGUGCUCUUUCAGAGGAAGCUGUUCUGGGGUUUGAGUAUGGAAUGAGCAUUGCUCUGCCUAGACUGCUGCCCAUCUGGGAGGCUCAGUUUGGAGAUUUCUUCAAUGGCGCCCAGAUAAUAUUUGACACUUUCCUCUCUGGAGGUGAGGCGAAAUGGCUCCUGCAGAGUGGAUUGGUCAUCUUACUGCCACACGGAUACGAUGGAGCCGGACCAGAGCAUUCAUCCUGCCGAAUCGAGCGUUUCUUACAGCUCUGUGACAGUAAAGAGGAAGGUGUGGACGGUGACACGGUGAACAUGGGAGUGGUCAAUCCUACCCUACCAGCUCAGUACUACCACCUUUUGCGGAGACAAAUGAUUAGAAACUUCAGGAAGCCGCUAAUCGUGGCCUCUCCUAAGACUCUGCUGCGCUUUUCUGGGGCAGUGUCAAGCUUGACUGGUAUGGGACCAGGAACUUCCUUUAAGCCUGUCAUUGGUGAUACUUCUGUAAACCCUGCAAGUGUGCAGCGGAUUCUGUUUUGCUCAGGUAAACAUUACUACGCCCUGCUGAAACAUAGAGAGAUGUUACCAGAGGCAGAAAAAAGCACAGCGCUGAUCAGAGUGGAGGAACUGUGUCCUUUCCCCACAGAAGCCCUACAACAGGAACUAAAUAAAUACACAAACGCCAAAGAUUUUAUCUGGAGUCAAGAGGAGCCACAGAACAUGGGCUGCUGGUCAUUUGUAUCACCGAGAUUCGAAAAACAGUUAGCCUGCAAGUUGAGAUUAGUCAGCAGACCAGCAUUACCCGCUCCUGCCGUGGGCAUCGGUACCCUCCACCAUCAGCAGCAUGAAGCCAUCCUGACCGCGUCUUUCUCCUGAGACCACACAACCAUAAACUUCAAGAAAUGAUCGUCUUAUUGUAGCAAACAAGCUAUGACUGGUACACUGACAACAAACUCCAAGUACUGUUUGUAGCCUGAGCACUAAACAGAGGCAUAUUGCAGGUUUGGCUGUUUAAUGCAUCCCCUUAUUUAGGUAUAAGGGAACAUUUCUUACUGACAUCUAAAUCAGCGUAUCAAUACACCUUUUGAAAGUAUCAUAAUUGAUAUUUCAGAAGUAAUAUUUGGCACAGGAAAAUUUUUAUUAUAUAUGAGAAAUGUAGAAAACGAACAAAGCAUACAUACAUAUUGUAUGUAAUUUUUCAAAGCACUUUUAAAUUUGAUAAAUGUGCCGAAGGCAGAAGACUAUGGAGGCAAAGAAAAGAAUAUAAAUAAUAUUUGUUGCAGCAUUGAGAUGAAUAUUGUGAUGUGAACUAGUAGUGGCUCACGAUCAAAAUGUUGGUGCAUUAAAUGUGUGCAUGUGAAUUAAGGGCUGCUUGGAAAUUGACUCUUUCCAGAUGAAUGUAGAAUCAGAAAUAACAAAAAUGAAUCGAUUGUAACUUGUUUACGAAGAGAAAGUAUUGAUCGAAAAUUAAUAUUUUUGUUUUGAUAUCUAGUUUAUGUUGCUGUGAAUCUUUACCUAUGACAAUCCCAUCCAAAUCCAAUUUAUAAUGUUGAAUUAUAGGCAUUGUUUUCAGUAGUCAUAAUGUGGACGAAACUGAAUUUGUACUUGAAUACUUAUUCUGGAGAUAAAAAAUAAAAUAAAAAU